AUGGAGCCCAUGACUCCAGAACCGCAGAGGCCAUUCUCGAUUCCAACGUUUGCCCAGGUCCAAUCGGCCUUCCGCAAUGACCCAACCAUGACCACAUUUCCAUGCCUGAUGCACAACGCACGAGUCGGAGAAUGCGUUCUUCUUGGAGCCACCCAAGUCCAAAACGCUUCCUUAAUCUUGUGCAGCGACCUUCCCACGACUCUUCGCGAUGUCUGGAACGUGAUAAACUGCCUCGUCUGCAUUCAACAUCAGGGCGAUAGAAUAUAUACGCACAAGCACCGAGUGAAAGAUCACUGGCAGAUGGAGUUCCCAAACUUGGAUCUCUCCUCGUCGCCAAUGCCACGGUCGAGGUACUCGCUGUGUUCAAGUCCUAGGCAGGCGCUUCGGUCAACUCCAUUGAGGAGUGCUCGAGCGCAGACAUCUUCGCAUCGACGAAACGAGGAGGAGCCAGUGACACCGAUUCCAGAGCGCCAACAAACCGAUGCAGAAGACGUGACCGAUAAUGAUGUCGACAUGGAUGACGAACCAUUCAUAGCAACACCGGACAGCACGAGAACCCCAAGCGUUGCUGAAACAGAAGAAUCAGACCAUUACACUUCCGCUGAAGAAGACCGCACUCCAAGUCCCAGUCCCAACCCACCACCACGCAGAACCUCCUCCCCAUUCAGUCCCCAACGAACCUUCACCCCAGGCUCCUCCUCAACCUGGCCCCUCUGGCGCAUCCGCCAAGACGUCCGACACCUCCUCAUCGAACCCCUCCCCCUCCCCAAAGCCCACGGGAUCCUCUACGCCAUCGAAAGCCUCCAGCACCACAAAGUCAAAAUCGGCUGGACAAUGCGCAAGAACCCCAACGAGCGGUUCAAGGAGCUGGAGAAGCAGCACGGAGCACCGCUGGGGAAUUCCUGGUAUCUUGACGGGAUACCGUAUGUGCAGCUUCGGCGGCUGGAGGAGUUGGUGCAUGCGGAUUUGGCGAAGUAUCAAUGUGAUUUCAGGGUGCCGUUUGGGCGCGGUAGUGGCGCGAGGGUACAUCGCGAGUGGUUCGACAUCGACAUGCACACCGCGUCCACGACGAUCGACUUCUGGUGGGCGGCGAUGCGGCAUCUACGGAUCAAGCCUGGUAGGGAGCUCGACGAGCGAGUGAGGGGUAGGUUGAAUACGCAGGGUGCCAUGUUCGAGGUAAAGCAGCAGAACGUCGAUGGGCGUUUUGGCGAUUACAGGGACCAUGAGAAGACGCUAGGGUUAUGGAGGGAGCUGCUAAGAGUUCCUCAGCGUCGUGCGAAGACGUGGAUGGAUCGAUGGCGGUUGGUUGUCUUCGCCGCUGUGGCGUGGUUUUGCUGUACUGAAUGGAUGCCAUCUCAUGCGGGUUCUUGGGGGAAGAGCACGAUGUUACUCUUCGCGAUUGCGGUAUCGUGGUUGUGA